GCGGUGGUGGUGGCGGCAGCGGCUAAACUGGAAUAUCCGCUCACGCCAACCGCCAUUGUUGGCCAAACCACAAACGACAAAAGUUUGUUUUUCUUCUUAUUUUCCGAAAACAAGCUUACAAGUUGUUUAUGACGCUCUUCUCUCUCUCGCUAACUGCACAGUUCCAAUUCCAGACUCCAAUUUGCUUAAUUUCCUUUGUUUGCUAUACUCGAUUGUUUUCAAAUUAUAUAAAUAAAUAAAAAUCAAUCGUUUUCUCUACAAUGGCGACGAAUCUCUCACACACGUUAUAUGCAAACUCAUCAGUUUCAUGUUUCACCUCCCCUAGCUAUAGGCCUUUGCGUUUCAUUCCUCUGAUUUCCCCUCCAUCUAAACUGAAAGCUAUUGCUAUUGGACAAAGAAAGCUGUGCAAAGUCCAAGCAACAGUUUUGCGAGAUAAGGAGGAGAAAGUGGUGGUGGAGGAAACAGCGUUUCAGCCCAACACUUUCACCGCUGAUCCAAUUGAUACUUCACCAUCCCCUGCUUUUGAGACAUGGGUUAUUAAGCUUGAACAGUCUCUCAAUUUCUUUCUCACGGAUUCAGUGAUCAAGAUUCUGGAUGUUUUCUACCAUGACCGAGAUUAUUCUAGGUUCUUUGUGCUCGAAACUAUUGCAAGAGUUCCAUAUUUUGCUUUCAUGUCUGUUCUGCACAUGUAUGAGAGUUUUGGUUGGUGGAGAAGAGCAGAUUAUAUCAAAGUACAUUUUGCUGAGAGUUGGAAUGAAAUGCAUCAUUUGCUUAUUAUGGAAGAACUUGGGGGUAAUGCUUGGUGGUUUGAUCGGUUCCUUGCUCAACAUAUAGCAAUCUUUUACUAUAUAAUGACGGUCUUCAUGUAUGCAUUAAGUCCAAGAAUGGCUUAUCACUUGUCUGAAUGCGUGGAAAGCCAUGCAUUUGAAACUUAUGACAAAUUUAUCAAGGCACGCGGAGAGGAAUUGAAAAAACUGCCCGCACCUGAAGUUGCUGUAAAAUACUACACUGAGGGUGACCUAUACUUGUUUGAUGAAUUUCAAACGUCCAGAGCUCCAAAUUCUCGAAGGCCGAAAAUAAAUAAUUUGUAUGAUGUGUUUGUGAACAUUAGAGAUGAUGAAGCUGAACACUGUAAGACAAUGAAGGCAUGCCAGACUCAUGGGAACCUUCGGUCUCCUCAUUCAUAUGAGGAGGAGGAUAUUGACGAAGCACCAGGCUGCGUGCUUCCUGAAGCAGAUUGUGAAGGAAUUGUGGACUGCAUAAAGAAAUCUUUAACACCAGUUCCAUCAAAGCAAGAAGAAUGAAGAACAUACAUGAAUAACUGUAGAAUUGUAGAAUGACGAUACCGUCAAUAUACCUCCUCCUUCACAUAUAAAAAUGUAAAGAGAUAUUUGGAAAAGUGAAAGAAAAAAGAAAAUUUUAAGUUGGAGGUCAAUCAAAAUUGUAUGCAUCAGAAAUAUCAAGACUGGCCUCAUACAAAUGUCUAUAUAUACGCAUGCAUUGAUCAUAUAUGUCAAUUUUAGUA